AUGGACAUUGAAAAUGACAAGAAAAUAAAUAUUAAAAAAGAAUUAGAAUAUACUGGCCAAAAUUUAACAGAAAAGAAUUUAAAGAGUAUUUUGGUUGAAGCAGAAGUUAUUUCAGGUGAUGAAGAAGAAAGUAGUGAUGAAAGUAAUAAUUAUGUUGAUGGUGAAAUUAAUUUGACAGAUUUAGAAACUCGUGAUAUUAUGGAUUUGGAAAAUAAUUUUUUUUUAGAAGACAAUGAUAAAAUGGAUGAGAAUAUGGAUGAGGUGGAGAUUACAGUGAUGAUAGUAAUGAAUUAG